CCCUCUGUUUCUCAUCUGAUCUCAUCUCUCUCUCUACAAACUGAGUUUCUCAUCUCUCUCUCUCUCUCUAAAAAUACAUUGCUUUUUGCGUUCUGAAAGUGCUAGACAUUGGUCGAGUGGAAAUAUCUUUCUCUCUCUAAACAUUCUCUAAACAUUGGUCUGGUUUCCUUGUUCUGAAAGCAAUCCAUAAGCAGCGAAAUCGUCAACAGAGGGCAUCCAAGCAAGGGAAUAUAGCAUGGAAGAAGAAAACAAAGUAACUUCAGGAGAAGACCACACUGUGGUGGCUCAAAAAAAUGUGGGCCAUGCUACUGACUUAGUUGAUGACACUUCUCCAAGUGCACCUCUGAAAAAAGGUGCAGAACCAGAAGAACUUGCUAAUGGGGUGUUGCACGCAAGUGAUGUCACUAUAGAAGACCUGGAGGGACCAGUGGAAAAGCAACUUCCUUCAGCAAUGAAAACCAGUCAGGGCCAUGAAGAAGAGGACAUUGCUUUGGGUGGCGAAUUUGUGAAAAUCGACAAGGAAUCUUUGGAAGUGAAACAUGCACCCAUUGUUCAAGGAGUGGAAGAGAGUAGUUCAAUUUUAGAAAGAGAUGUGGGUACUCCAGAAAAGACCAGAGAUGUGCUUGAACUGGAAGAGAAACUCAGUGGUCUUGAACUAGAAUUGCAGAGAAUGGUUAAUGAACUGAAGAUCUCAGAAUCUCAGAAAUUGAAACUAAAGGACGAACUUCUUGUAGCAACUGAGAAAUUGGAGGGAAAGACCAAGCAUUCUUCUGAGCUUGAACUGGUAGAAAAAGAAAUGAAGGAACGACUUGCUUCUGCUGAGUCAAUGAUCAGAGAAUCUGAAGAGAAACACAAGUUACAGCUUGAGUCUCUCGAAGAAGCAUUGAGAUCGAAUGAGACUAAACACAAUGAGCUGAUUGAAUCAAAGGAUGCAUUGGAUAAACUUACUGCUGACAUAGAAAAUAUGAGGUUUAAGAUGCAGGAUUUAGAAGAGAAGUUGCAGUCUUCAACAGAUGACGCACAGAGAUAUGAGUCCCAGAUGAAGGAAAGGGAGUCUCAUGCCACAAUUGCAACUGAAAGGGCUCAAGAAUUUGAGAAAGUGUUGGAGCUGGCCAAGUCCAGUGCAGCAGAGAUGGAGGCACAAAUGGGUUCUCUUCAAGAAGAGUUGAAGGUGCUCUAUGAGAAGAUUGCUUCAUAUCAAAAAGUAGAAGAAACCCUGCUUGUCACUGAAGCUUCUCUCUCUACAGCUCGAGAAGAGUUGGAGCUUUCAAAAAAGCGCACCCAUGAUUUGGAAGAAGUGCUUGCAUCUAGAGAAGCUCGUGUUGAAGAGUUAACGGAUGAGUUGAAUCUGCACAAGGCUUCUGAAGAACAAAUGAAGCAAGACAGUCUAGCUUUGGAAGGUCUUUACUCUGAAUCUAAAGCAAACCUCGAAGCUCAAAAUCAACAAUUUGAAGAGUUAGAGUUCAAACUACAAGAGGCACUGAAGGCCAAUGAAAGACUGGAAACUAUUGUGAAAGACCAUGAAUCACAAAUCACGAAAUUAGGUGAUGGAUUGGCAAUGGCAGCUAAGGGGAAAGAAAGUCUGGAAGCUGCCUUGUCUGAAGUGAAUGGUAGCUUAUCCCAAAGUGCGGAGUUAAACAUGUCUCUCCAAGAGAAGUUGAAUACAUUGGAAGAGGAGUCCUUGAAAGCUAAUUCACUUCUUAGAGAAGCUCUCUCGAAAAAUACUGAGAUGGAGCAGACUGUGAAGUCCCUCGAUGAAUUGUAUCGUGAAGCUGAAGCAGAGGCUGCCAGUUCAAAAAAACUGAGUCUUGAACUCCAAGAAUUGCUUCAUGCUUCAAAUUCUACCGAAGAUGAAGCAAAGUCACUACUCAAAGAGGCUGAACUAAGGCUGAUAAACUUAGAGAAAAAAAAUACUGAGCUCGAAGAGCUGCUAAAGAUAGCUGAAACAAGAGGCUUGGAUGCUGAUAAGGAAGCAAAAGGGUUCUAUGAGAAGAUAUCUGAACUUAGUGUGAAACUAUGUGAGGGGGAAGAAGAAAGCGCGAAGUUAAAAACACAAAUGAGAGAAUAUGAAAACCAGAUAGCUGAGUUGAAAUCUACCUUGGAUCAGUCCUCUCUGAAGAAUUCCGAGCUUGAGCUAGAGAUGAAGGGUGUCUUAGAGAGAUGUGCAGAACAUGAGGGUCGUGCCAAUACCACUCAUCAAAGGAGCCUUGAACUUGAAGACUUGAUUCAAUUAUCUCAUUCCAAAUCAGAGGAUGCCGGUAAAAGGGUUGCAGAAUUGGAAAUUUUGCUAGAACAAGCUGACCAACAUAAAAAAGAGCUCCAAGAAAAAAUAAGCCAGGCAGAAGUUAAAUGCAGAGAUUCAGAAGAAGAAUCCAAGCACCAUUUGAGCAAGGUUUCUGAGCUUCUGGGUGAACUGGAGCAGUCGAAAGCCAAAGCAGCCAGCCUAGAGGUUGCUUUACAAGUUGCUAGUGAAAAGGAGAGGGAAUUGGAAGAAAGGCUGAAUCUCAUUUCAGAAGAACAUAAGGUAUCAAAAGAACAAGCUAGAACAUACCAAGAGAGUGCAGAUGAAGGGGCUACAUUGGCUGCUUCACUUCGGGAUGAAUUGGAAGAGGCCUCUGCGAAGUUGGUAUCAUUUGAAAGCCUCAUAAAAGAACUGGAAAGCAAGGUUUUGGAAUCAGAAGCUAAAGCAGCACAGUUUUAUUCAGAGAAUGAGGCAUCUGUAGAGGCCAAAUUGAAGCUGGGCCAUGAAUUGGACGACUAUAAAAGCAAGGUAGAAGACCUACAGGGACUUCUUAAUUCUGUUAAGUCUGAGAAAGAAGCAGCCAUCUCAGAAGUGGACUCUCUCAAAAAGGUUGUUAAUGAUUUAAAUGAGGAAAACGUAAGGCAUGUAACUCUCCAUUCUGAAAAAGAGUCUUGCAUCAAGGAUAGAGAGAUUCAACUUCAGGAGUCGAUCGAGAAGUUUUCAGUGAGAGAUGUUGAGGCCAAAGAUUUGAGUGAGAAGUUAACUACACUUGAAGAACAAAUAAAACUUUAUGAACGAAGGGAUUUGGAGAGGAAAGUAGAACUGGAAGAGAGCCUAUCUAAGUUGGGUAAUCUAGAGAGAGAAAUUGGAGAGCUUAAGCGUAAGGGAGAUAAGUUGGAAUUAGAGAAUGAAGUGUUGGCUGAGGCCAACAUGAAGCUGAACCAGGAGCUGGCUGAUUAUCAGGGUAAGUUGAUGGAUUUACAGGGAACUUCUAAUUCAGUUAAAGUUGAAAAGGAAGAAAUAGCAGAAAAGCUUGCUUCUUGCAUGAAGACUAUAAAUGACUUGACAGAGCAGCUUGCUGUUGAAGGAGAGAGAUUCCAGGCUCAGAUAUCUUCAGUUGUUGAGGAGAAAAAUGCAUUGAAAGAGACAUACCAAAGCAAAAAGAAUGAACUUCAAACCAUAAUAUCCGAGAUGGAAGGGCAUUUAAGUGAGGGGAAUACUAGAGAAAAGACUCUCAUUGCCAACUUAGCAAGUCUCAAAGCUGAACUUGCUGAGAAAUCCACAUUGCAGACGAAGUUAGAAGAGCUUGAAGAGAAGCUAUUGCUGGCAGAAGCCCAGUUCCAAGAGCAGUCAACUAAGCUGCAAGAUAGAGAUAUAUUAAUGUCUGAGAUGGAAGAGCAUUUAAGUGAGGGGAAUACUAGAGAAAAGACUCUCAUUGCCAACUUAGAAAGUCUCAAAGCUGAACUUGCUGAGAAAUCCACAUUGCAGACGAAGUUAGAAGAGCUUGAAGAGAAGCUAUUGCUGGCAGAAGCCCAGUUCCAAGAGCAGGUUGUAAAACUUAGGGCAGAGGCAGCUGAAAAGGAAUCAGAUCUUAUUUCUAAGUUGGAGGAGCAUGCAGCUAAGCUGCAGGAUAGAGAUAUAUUGGCUGUACAAGUGGCUGAUCUCCAUAUUGCUCACACGACCUUGAAUGAGCAGCAUGAGACCCUGCUUAAAAAAGAUACUGAAAGGGAGGCCAAGAUGAACGAGGACAUGGAGACUAGAAAUGCACAUAUAACAGAAAUACGUUCCUUGAAAGUCCUCGUCUCUGAACUUGAGGAGAAACUAAAGACCACAAAUCUUAGUUUAGAAGAGCAGAAAGAGAUUGAAUCAACUAAAGAAGUUGAAAGAGUAGGUGCUUUGAAACAAGUUGAAGAACUUCAGCAGAAGCUACAACAGGCAGAAGCAUCAUUAAAUGAACAGGGUGCCAAAUCAGGGGAAAAUCUGGCAGUUGUGAAUGCGGAGGUGGAAGAUUUGAAGAAAAAAUUGAGUGAGGCUGCAGGUUUAGAAAAUAAGAUAUCAGUGCUUGAGAGCAAACUCCAACUGGCUAACGCAAAGUUAGAGGACAAGGGGACUGUAGACAUCCAGAAGGCAGACGUGAAGAAUUCUCUUGAGGUCAAAUAUAGAGAGAUUGGAUUAGAAUUGAAGGAUACUGUUGAGGUGAAAUCUAGAGAUAUUGGAUCAACUGUUUCAUCUCCUUCAAAGAAGAAGAGUAAGAGACGUGCUGAAGCAGCAUCUACAAAGACCAUCGAACCAUCGGGCAUGAACUUCAAGUUCAUACUGGGAGUGGCAUUUGUUUCUAUUAUUGUGGGUAUCAUUCUUGGUAAGCGGUACUAGCUAGUAUUAAAAGGUCGAACUUAAAAGGCUAUGCAGUUUUGUGUAAUAUAGUAUUCAUUUUUAUUAUUUAUUCUAUUUUUGUACCACCUUGGGUUGGCUUGUAUUGUAUGGUUGAGGUCUUGUUUUGGGGGGUCAGGAAUUUGUUUUUGUAUCAUUCCUGCCUCUUUGGUGGGGGCUGUUGCAUUGCUUGCUUUAUGUAGUGAGUUGUAUUUAUGAGAACUUUGAAGUGCUUGUUAUUGUUGUUAUUGCAAAAUUGAGAGAAACUUAGUCUUAUUUC